UGAGACAGAAACACGAGAGAGCUGCAAGAGAAUAAAACCUUUAACACCAGCAGAAACCCAGAGGAACGAGGAGUUGUGUGUUAACGUAAAACUUUUUUCCUCCUUUCUUACUCACCACUUUUUCACUGUGCUGGAAUUUUGCACUGAUCUGUGGAUGUGGAUGUGAGCUGCUUGCUUUAUCGCUCAUUUUCCUUCUUGGUGCUGCUGCAUUGCUUAAAAUGUCCUUCUGGAUUUUAAAGUGGUGUUUUGGUGUCGUUAAGAAUUUAUCAGCAGAGAUGGGACUCGACUCAACAGCUGAGGAUUAAAUGAUUUUCACACAACAGUAGCAGCUCAGUGCUGGGAUUUAAACUCACAACCUUCUGAUUAAUAGCUCAAAUCCUUAAGCAGUGAGUCACCACGUGAAUGUCAGGAAGUGGUUUUUAUGCUUUCUGGACAAGAAAGACACUGGAUUUUAACUCACAGACGUUCUACAGGAGAUGUUAUGAAAAUAAAUGAAGUGGAUUUUAGAGGACAGAAAGAAGCUUGAAAGACUUUUGGACCUUUAACUUGACCCCUGUUCCUCACUGCACAUUCUUAUCUCUAUGGACGUGAGUGAUUCCCCCCCUCAGACCCCUCCCACCCCACUUCACCUCACCAUCCGCUGCCAUGUUGUUCUUGUAUGUUCUGUGUUUUGUGUUGGACCUGGGUGGUGCUCUGUGGGACUGGAUGAAACCCGAUCAGGUGGAGAGCGACUGGGAACAUUUCAGCGGUGUGUUUAAACCCAGAUCUCCUCCUCACAUCAUCUUCAUCCUGACUGAUGAUCAGGGCUUUAAUGAUAUCGGAUACCACAGCACCGAGUUUCACACCCCCACCCUUGACAAGCUGGCAGCUGAAGGAGUUCGAUUGGAGAAUUAUUACGUGCAGCCGCUGUGCACGCCAUCACGCAGCCAGCUCAUCACGGGCAGGUAUCAGAUCCACACGGGCCUCCAGCACUCCAUCAUCCGUCCCCGUCAGCCGAGUUGCAUCCCACUGACUGUAUCCACGCUCCCGCAGCGCCUUCAGGAGGCCGGUUACUCCACCCACAUGGUGGGAAAAUGGCACCUGGGCUUCUACCGUAAGCGCUGCCUCCCGACACACCGUGGCUUCCACACGUUCUUUGGCUCACUGACAGGAAGCGUGGAUUAUUACACGUUCGACUCAUGUGAUGGGAAAUCACUAUGUGGCUUUGACCUGCACGACGGAGACUCGUUAGCAUGGAGUAAAGCGGGAAAAUACUCCACUCACUUGUACACUCAGAGAGUGCGCAAGAUUUUAGCGACACACAAACCGUCUCAGCCGAUUUUCAUUUUCCUGUCGCUUCAGGCGGCUCACGCGCCUUUAAAACCACCCAAGUCAUAUAUUUAUCCGUAUCACAGCAUGGGGAAUGUGCCACGUAGGAAAUAUGCAGCUACCAUCUCCAUUGUGGAUGAGGCGGUGCACAACAUUACGUACGCGCUACGCAAAUACGGCUACUAUCGUAACUCCAUCAUCAUUUUUUCCUCGGAUAAUGGAGCACAGCCCUUCACUGGAGGGAGCAACUGGCCCUUAAGAGGGCGCAAGGGGACUUACUGGGAGGGUGGAGUCAGAGCACUGGGGUUUGUGCACAGCCCACUAAUACGCUACAAGCGCAGGAUUAGCAAAGCACUAAUCCACAUCACGGACUGGUUCCCGACUCUUGUACAUUUGGCCGGAGGAAACAUUUCACAGAAUGAGAAAUUGGAUGGUUUUGACGUUUGGCCGGUUAUCAGCGAAAGUAAAAUGUCCCCCAGGUAUGAAAUCUUACACAACAUCGAUCCUCUGCACCGGAGAGGUUUAGGGUCACUGCAAGAAGGCAAGGGAUUGUGGGAUACGGCGGUCCAGGCAGCUAUAAGAGUGGGAGAUUGGAAGCUUCUCACAGGAGAUCCGGGUCAUGGUGAUUGGGUCCCACCUCAGCUGUUAAGCAGCUUCCCUAUCGGAUGGUGGAACCUGGAGCGAGGAAACGUGGACAAGGAAAAGAAGUCGAUUUGGCUCUUUAACAUAACGGCAGAUCCGUGCGAGAGAAACGACCUGACUGAGAACCGGCCCGAUGUGGUGAAGAAGCUACUCCAGCGCCUGGCCUUCUACAACAGCACAGCCACGGUGGUCCGGUACCCGCCAGACGACCCGCGUGCCAACCCACAGAACAAUGGUGGGGCCUGGAGACCCUGGGUGAAAGACGAGGAGAGUGAGGUGAACUGGGACGGAGUCUACUACAAACGAGGAAGGAACCGGAAAAGGAAGAAGUGUAGGUUCUGUAAGAUCCAAUCUUUCUUCAAGAAACUCAACAAAAAGAUCCUGGCUAGUAGAAUUUGAGGAGAUCUAGAACCUUCUCACUGAGUCAUUUCGCUCUACAGAAGCCAUAUAAAUGACAGAAGAAUGGUCUGAAAAGUAGAACUGGAUUUACAGUCAUAUAAAAUUCAUACAGGCUUAAAGGAUGUAGAUCCGAAACUUGUGAGGUUCUGCAUGAAAUCUUUUAAAGGAAAACCUGCACAUGUUUACUUGAACUCUUCCUUAUAAUUACCUUUAAAUGUUAGUAAAACAAAUGAACAUUGAGAGACGAGUGCAGAAUACACAGAAUACACAGAAUACACACUUUAGACCUGAAUGGAUCCCAGAGUUCAUUUAUUUCAAAGAAUCUCCUCACAAUUGCACCAUAGCUAAGGUUAGUGUUUAGCGUCAGGUGACAUGCAUAAUCAUCACACACUCACCUCGGCACGGCAGUUUGUGUUUAAUUGCUUUUGUAAAACAGAAACAUGGAGUUAAUAUGAAACAGAAAAAAAUGUAAAGUCUGUACUUUAUGACAGAAAAGAUUCAUGUGGGCGUGGCAUUUCUCAUCCUGUGGGCGUGGUAAUUGUUCUUCAUGUGGGUGUGGCAUUUCUCAUCCUGUGGGCGUGGUAAUUGUUCUUCAUGUGGGUGUGGCAUUUCUCAUCCUGUGGGCGUGGUAAUUGUUCUUCAUGUGGGCUUGGUAUUUCUCAUCCUGUGGGCGUGGUAAUUGUUCUUCAUGUGGGCGUGGCCUUCCAUUCUAACACACAGUGGGUUUCUCAACAGUUCAUCACUGAAGGCUUCUUUUCUUUCAUUUCUUCAUACACACAUUUUAACAAAGAUUCCUCUUUCUUCUGACUGUAAUCAGACCUGUAGUUUGAUCUCUAACACAGCAGGAUUUUAAUCUGAGCCUGAAAUUUAGUCAGACGUCGAGACAGAAACUCCAAACGGGAGGAAAUAUUUUACACUUCAAGACGUUGAUGUAUUUAAAUCAACUUGUUUCUCAGUCUCUACAUCACUGUGGAAAAGUUAGGAACAUUAAAGCUGUAAAAGACCCCAGAGCUCCAGAACCCAGAGCUCCAGACCCCAGAGCUCCAGAACCCAGAGCUCCAGACCCCAGAGCUCCAGAACCCAGAGCUCCAGACCCCAGAGCUCCAGACCCCAGAGCUCCAGACCCCAGAGCUCCAGAAGCAUGUGGAGUCACAUGGUUAGUCUCCUGAUCUCAUUCAUUAUCUUACUGUGAACUUUGGUUUAAAUAAUAAAACUUUGUUGGUGUAAAAGGACUUAAAGACAUUUUGCUCAUCAGGAUGAAAGUGUGUGCACUGACAGAUCAGUCACACCGUGUGUGUGUGUGUGUGUGUGUGUGAGGUCAGUGUUACACUUGUGUUAUGAUGAUUAAUGAUGAGUUGUGUGAUGAUGUUUGUAUUACAGUAACUCUGUAGAAUCUGAUCCUGAUCCAUGAGAAUCUUGUCUCUGUAUUAAAACCGUAAACUCGACUGU